ACCGCCCCGCGCCCAGCCGCCCAUCCCCAGAGCGACGGCCCGGUGGCCAGACCCCGCCGCGCCGCCAACCUCCAUUCACGAGCCCCGCCCGCGCCGAGCCGCGCGCACCGCCGGAACGCUCCCGGCCAUCGGGGACCGCGAGUUCGUGGUGGUGUACAUGCACUCCCGCGUGGAUCGCGGCGGCAACUUCCCCGGCGUAGAAGCGAUCCGCGGCGCCUACGAGUCGCUGCCGGCCGCCGCCAAGGACAGGCUGCGCGCCGUCUACUUCGUGCACCCGGCGCUCCAGUCCAGGCUCUUCCUCGCCACCUUCGGCCGCUUCCUCUUCAGCUCCGGGCUGUACGAGAAGCUGAGGUACAUGAGCAGGCUCGAGUACGUGUGGGCGCACAUGGACAAGGGGCAGCUGGAGGUGCCGGACUGCGUGCGCGAGCACGACGAGGAGCUGGAGCGCCGCCCGCUCAUGGACUACGGCAUCGACGCCACGGAGAGCCGCUGCGUGUACGAGUACGACGCCGCGUCCAUGGACACCUCGGCGUCCCUGCACUCGCUCCGCUGCGUCUCCUAGCCGCUUCUGAACAAUAUGGCUAUCUUGCCUCAAUGUUCCUGUAGGUCGUAGUACCGUAGUAUUAGCUUACCUUUCAGUACCCUAGCUUAGAUGUGUAAGUAAAUUAGGGAAAAGGAUAAAAGAGAUCCCAAAUGUUUUUUGGGCUCAUGAGAUGGCUUGACCGCAAGUGUGCAAGAGCCAAGAGUAACAUGGCAAAGCAGAUCAAAGAUCCCCAUCAUAAAACCA